UUGCUGGACAGAGUUCACCCUGGAGUGGCUUCCCAGCAGAGUGGUGACUUAAUUUUUUAUUUUCCUGCAGGAAUAUCCUGGGAUCUUCUCUUAUCUGUCAGCGGCCAAGGUGUUUGCAGGAAAUUCAAAGGAACAGAAUUUAAGAAGUGCAACAUGGCCAGGGGCUGCCUCUGCUGCUUGAAGUACAUGAUGUUCCUCUUCAAUUUGAUAUUCUGGCUCUGUGGCUGUGGGCUGCUUGGAGUGGGCAUUUGGCUAUCCGUGUCCCAAGGCAACUUUGCCACCUUCUCCCCCAGCUUCCCCUCGCUGUCUGCAGCCAACCUAGUCAUCGCCAUUGGCACCAUUGUCAUGGUGACGGGCUUCCUCGGCUGCCUGGGGGCCAUCAAGGAAAACAAGUGCCUCCUCCUCAGUUUUUUCAUCGUCCUGUUGAUCAUCCUCCUAGCAGAGCUGAUCUUGCUUAUCCUCUUCUUUGUCUACAUGGACAAGGUGAAUGAGAACGCCAGGAAGGACCUGAAAGAGGGCCUGCUGCUGUACAACACAGAGAACAACGUGGGGCUGAAGAAUGCCUGGAACAUCAUCCAGGCCGAGAUGCGCUGCUGCGGCGUCACUGGCCACACGGACUGGUACCCGGUGCUGGGGGAGAACACGGUGCCCGACCGCUGCUGUGUGGAGAACUCCCAGGGCUGUGGGCGCAACACCACCACCCCUCUGUGGAGAACGGGCUGCUACGAGAAGGUGAAGAUGUGGUUUGAUGACAACAAGCAUGUGCUUGGCACGGUGGGGAUGUGCAUCCUUAUCAUGCAGAUUCUGGGCAUGGCCUUCUCCAUGACCCUCUUCCAGCACAUCCACCGGACUGGUAAAAAGUACGACGCCUGAGCCGGCUGGCUGGGAGCACCCCGGCCCCCACACGGACACUGUGCCGGGGAAGAAGAUUUGAGCUUUGUGUUGCCUGCCCGCGCUCUCCAGACUGCUGACCCCUGCACCCACCUCCGCAGCCCGCCGGCCCCCAGCCCACCCCGCCUCAGCCUACUUGGUGGGUGGAGGGCCAGGGAGGAGGAGGUGUGGAGGAGGCACACACAGACCUUGGGUGCUGGGGGCGCCUGGAUUCCUGCAUCUGUGUAUUUGCCAAAGAAGACAGGGUGGGCCGGGUUCGUGCUCCAGGAGGCCCCCAGCACGGAUGCAUUUCUGCCCCUGCCCUUCCUCGCCCUGACACUUUGUCCCCGUGGGGGUGGGGAGCACAGUGCUCCCCCCCCGCCCCGGUGGAGAGACUGCCCAGUGGAGGCCACUGGCGUCCACGGCCACGCCCGGGGGAGGGCUGGUGGGGGCGGGGGUCCGACAGCCUCUGGGCGAGGCCCCUGGGAGCAUCUUGCCCAGGCUUUUUAUACCUUACAGUGUAACUUUUUUUAUUUUAUUUUACUCUGGUUAUGGUUAUUCCGGAAUAUUAUCUCUCAGAUAAGUUUAGGGUUAGCUUUCUGAUUUAUAACUUUUUACUGCGUUGAUUUCUGUAAUGGUUUGAUUUUUUUUUUUUUUUCCUGAGGGUGGGGACGGGUGGGGAGAGAGGAUGUCCGUCAGGUUUCAGUCGGGACAAACCACUG